AUGCCUGCAGUCACCAUGACUAUCCGCGCCCAGGCAGACAGCCUGACCUCCAUCACAAAGCGAGGAAACUGGGCUAGCCGAGAGCCCGGCGUAAUCUUGGUGUUUUGCAUCGUCUUUCUCGUGGGCCUCGGCAUUGUCGCCUUGUUCGCAUACCGCAAGUGGAUGACGCGGAAAGCCAAAAAGCAGACCUUUGAGACAGCCGCGUAG